CCUCACCGCCACUCCGGUAAAACAGAGAACGCUGGAACCCAAACUGCCCCGGCAACGUUGACUCCGCGUCUCCGCUCCUCGCAUACCUAACCCCACCUCCCCGUCCCCCACGCAAUCCAAACCAAGAAAUGGCUCCACCUCCGCACCAAGGAGUCGUCGGGCUCCCCGCGGCGGCGCUCGCGCUCCUCCUGGCCGUCACGGCGCUUGCGCAGCAGGAGUACGAGGCGAACGCGCAACUCAACUGCUAUGGCAACAACGGCAGCUCCGUCCUCGGCUACACCUGCAACGCCACCUCGGCGUCUUCCCCGCCGCCCUGCGACUCGUACCUCGUCUUCCGCUCCUCCCCCCUCUACAACACGCCGGUCCUCAUCUCCUACCUCCUCAACUCCUCCGUCUCCGCCGUCGCCGCCGCCAACGCCGUGCCGACGGUGUCCCCGCUCGCCGCAUCCAGCCUCGUGCUGGCCCCCGUCCCCUGCGCCUGCACGCCCGGCGGGUACUACCAGCACAACGCCUCCUACACCAUCCAGUUCGCCGGCGAGACCUACUUCAUCAUCGCCAACCUCACCUACCAGGGCCUCACCACCUGCCAGGCGCUCAUCGCCCAGAACCCCCGCCUCGGCAGCCGCAACCUCGUCCUCGGGAACAAUUUCACCGUGCCGCUCCGAUGCGCGUGCCCCUCGCCGGCGCAGGCCGCCACGGGGGUCAAGCACCUGCUCUCCUACCUCGUCAUGUGGGGCGACGACGUGACGACCAUCGCCGCGAGGUUCCGGGUCGACGCGCAGGCGGUGCGCGACGCCAACAGCCUCGCCAAGGACGACAUCAUAUACCCCUUCACCACGCUGCUCAUCCCGCUCAAGGGCGCGCCCACGCCAGACAUGCUCGCGUCCCCGGCGCCGCCCCCCUCGCCGAUAGCGCCACAGGCCGCGCCGGCGCCGUCGAGUGGGUCAGGAAGCGGGAGGUGGGUUGGCGUUGGGGUCGGGGUCGGUUGCGGCGUUCUUGCGUUGGUGGCCGUUCUCGGCCUGCUCUUCUUACGGGCCCGACGCCGGCGCCAGCGCGGGGAUGGGGAAAGCGGCCGUCCGGGGAAGGUGGUUAUCGACGUGUCCUCGUCGGCGGAAUACGGCGCCCUGGCGUCGGAGAAGCAGACCACCACCACCACGACGUCCUCGUCCUCGUCGGGGACGAGGCCGCUGGUGGCCAGCGACGUUCGCGUGGCCGUGGAGUCGCUGACCGUGUACAAGUACUCGGAGCUUGAGAAGGCCACCGCGGGGUUCUCUGAGGAGCGGAGGGUGUCCGGCACGUCGGUGUACCGGGCCGUCAUCAACGGCGACGCGGCGGCGGUGAAGCGGGUGGCCGGCGACGUGAGCGGCGAGGUCGGCAUCCUGAUGCGCGUGAACCACUCCUCCCUGGUCCGCCUCUCCGGCCUUUGCGUCCACCGCGGCGACACCUACCUCGUCUUCGAGUUCGCGGAGAACGGCGCGCUCAGCGACUGGCUCCACGGCCACGGCGGCAACAACGUCCUCCGCUGGCGGCAGCGCGUGCAGGUGGCGUUCGACGUCGCCGACGGGCUCAACUACCUCCACCACUACACGAACCCGCCUUGCGUGCACAAGAACCUCAAGAGCAGCAACGUCCUCCUGGACGCCGACUUCCGCGCCAAGGUUUCGAGCUUCGGGCUGGCGCGCGCGGUCACCGCGGCCGACGGCGGCGCGCAGCUCACGCGCCACGUCGUGGGCACCCAAGGCUACCUUGCUCCCGAGUACCUCGAGCACGGCCUCAUCACGCCCAAGCUCGACGUGUUCGCCUUCGGGGUCAUCCUGCUGGAGCUGCUGUCCGGGAAGGAAGCGGCGUUCGCCGACGGCGACACGGGGGAGGAGACGCUGCUGUGGGAGUCCGCGGAGGAGGGGCUGGUGGUGGACGGCGAGGACGUGGAGCGUGGCAAGGUGCGCGCGUUCAUGGACCCGCGGCUGCAGGGGGACUACCCGCUCGACCUCGCGCUCGCUGUCGCGGCGCUGGCGCUGCGGUGCGUGGCGAGGGAGCCCCGCGCGCGGCCGUCCAUGGACGAGGUGUUCGUCUCGCUCUCGGCGGUGUACAACUCGACGCUUGAUUGGGAUCCCUCGGAUUACGGAACCUCAGGGUCUUCGUUCGUUGGGAGAUAGCAGCAAUAUUUCGUAGGAAGAUCAACAGAAUGUGGAGAAAUUGGGAUCGAAUUGUGCUAUGGCAGCCGUCAGUAUUGUUCAUGUGAUGUACAGUACAAUUCGAUUGAGCCUCGUUCAAGCUGCAACAUCAGCUAUGUUGGUAGCCGCAUUGGAGGAUUUUUUCACGUUAAAUCUCAUGUUUCACAGAUCCAAAUUUCCGAACAUCAUAUUAGUAGGAACUAUGAAAUGUAUCAUUCGUUUCGUCCUUUGUAUUACAUUUCUCCAUAGAAGAAGAAAAAUGAAUCAUCUGCCAGUAUCUUGGGCCUCUGUA